AUGAGUCCUAUGCAGAAAGCCUCUAACCGUGACACAGUCUUCCCAGGGAGCGGCGGCGAUUAUCUGGCGAACAUCCAAAGACCCAACAACUCUAAUCUCCCAGAGAGUCAGGUAGAGAGCUCUACUAGACACUCUCGCGUUCUUGUGAAGAGUACGACGAAGUCGGGUCUGCGCGACCUUUAUCUUCCGUCGAAAUACAAGACUCAAGGAGUUAAUUGGAGAGAAGAUUCCCCUUGGUUAUUCUACGAAGGAGCUUACCGUAUUGAGCUAGGUGGUUCCGUCGCCGUUGUUCUCAGAUCAGACACAGGAGAGCAGUUCACCCUCAGCAGCGCCUCUAUCACCGAGGAACAGAUAAAACGCCUUUGCGAGCUGAAACAUAAAAACUUGGUCCAGACUUAUGAGGUAUUUAGUUAUGAAGGUGUAUACUACACCGUAUCCAAUCACGAGGCCAUCUCUCUAAACCACUUUAUUGCGUGCGACAAAUCACUCAACGAGGCACAGCUCGCCUCAAUAUUCGCUCAGUCCCUCGAAGGCAUCGCAUAUCUCGCUACUCACGGUCUUCGGCACUCUGAGAUCAUAUGCUCCAAUAUCCUAGUGUCGCUAGAAGGAGUUGUGAAAAUUGUCAAUAUUGGAGCGAACGAGACCGGGGACGGGGUCGACCAGCGCUGCAAAGUAGCAGAAGCGCAGGCAUUGCCAAUGAAGCGACAGGCGGGUGCAGGGCAGCUGAUUGUUCAGUCGAAGCCAAUCUUCAUGGAUAUUUUCGGUGAUAACAGCGACGACCAGGACUACGCGUUGGCGACUCACAGACAACAGGUUGCAGUCCAACGAGUUCUCAGUCAAAGAGAUGGUGAUAACUAUGGGAUCCUUGGAAAAGACGUUCACCCGUAUUUUAACCCAGAUGACAAGGCCCCUGACGCAUACCGACGUGUCGUAAGGGCGGCUAAAGCGUUGGGGGUGUCAAGUGCGAAUAUCAAGGGAAUGAAGAAAUACAACGAGGAUGAGGACGAGUACAGAACACUUCACGAAGGCGUCUGGAUCGAUUAG